AUGUCCACCAUCGGCCAACUCUACCAGCUGUCCAAGAUAGAGGAAGACUGUUUGAACCUUGGUCCUGCCUACAAAGACAUCGGCCCUCUCCAUCAAAAAGUCCGCAAGACUCCACUUGCGAAUCCCCUGACUCAGGCAAUCCUCUUUCUUCAGCAGCACCUGACCCAAACCCACAACCCCCUCAAGGGCAGAACCCUCAGCACCAAUGGCCCCAUUCGCGCCGGCGAGCUUCUCAUGGCCGACCUUCCCUAUGCCGUGCUGCCAACCGUGGCCACAGGAAGUGUCGAUGACUUCCUCUGCAGCAACCUGGGCUGCAGUCGCCAGGUUUCCCGUCACGCAAUCAACAGCGUCACUUGCAAAAAGAACUGCUCUCUCGACGUCUGGUGGUGCAACGAGUCUUGCAAAGACGAAGACCAAGCUCGCCAUGACCUCGAAUGCGCCUGGCUGAAAGCCUACAGCUCCAUCCUUCGCCAGGACGUCGGCGAUCACGACUACUACCUCCUCUGGAUCGUCGUCCGACUCCUCGCCACCCGCCACCUCGAAAUCCAAGGCACCACCCCAACCAACAUCCACCAACAUUUCACCUUCCAAGACCGGUUCACCAGCGGCUGGCAAGAAACCAACGUCUUCGAACUCUGUCCAGGCCCUACGGAAAUCCUCCCCGACAGCACUCCCGCCCCCCACCGCGGCACCCAAUACGGUCUCGCCGUCUUCCUCCGCAUCACACUAGCCAACCACUCCUGCGCCCCUAACGUGACACAUCAAGCCGACGACCGUGGUCGAUUGAUGGUAACCGCUCUCCGUGACAUCGCCCCCGGCGAAGAAUGCUGUACCUCUUACUUCGACCUGUCUGAAUACGUUGACUUGCAGGCCCGUCGCAACAAGACGCAGGAGUUGUUCACGUUUACGUGUCAACAUCCCCUCUUCAUCCCUUUCCAACAUGUACAACAAAUACGGCAUUACUCCCCCUCCCACGACCACCAAAUAACGGCUACCCGAUCCACCAUCGCCCAACUCCUUAACCACAUCGACUCCCCGCACACAGCUACCCAGUACCUUACGCAUUUCGCAUCCACCAACCACUCCCAGACUCACCCCUUCGCCGUGAUAAAAGUCGGCGGCGCGAUUCUCACCUCCCAUUUGCAAACUCUCACAUCCACACUAGCGCUUUUCAGUCGCAUCGGGAUAUACCCCGUUAUCGUGCAUGGCGGUGGACCGCAACUGAACCAGAUCCUCGAGAACGCUGGCGUGGAGCCGCAGUUCGAAGAUGGGAUCCGGGUUACAGAUGGGCGCACGCUGGCGAUCGCGCGACAGCUGUUUCUGGAGGAGAAUUUGAAGCUCGUGCAGGCGUUAGAGCGGGUCGGGGUUGCAGCCAGGCCGAUCACGGCGGGAGUGUUUCGGGCGGACUACCUCGAUCAAAAGAGGUAUGGGUUUGUCGGAAAGGUGAGGGGGGUGGAGAAGAACAGCAUUCUAUCCGCAGUCAGGGCAAAGUGCUUGCCUGUGUUGACUUCCAUGGCUGAGACACCGAGCGGGCAGGUGUUGAAUGUAAAUGCGGAUGUGGCGGCUGUGGAAUUGGCGAGGGCGUUGAAGCCGAAAAAGGUGGUUUAUUUGGCGGAGAAGGGCGGAUUGACGCAUGGGUUGACGGGGAGGAGGAUUCAGAGAAUUAAUUUGGCGGAAGAGUUCGAGGAGCUUAUGGGGCAAAGUUGGGUGAAGUUCGGGACGAGAUUGAAGAUCAGGGCUGUGGAGGAGUUAUUGAGGGAGUUACCAGGCUUGGAAAGUGUGGCCAUUGUGCAUCCGGUGGAUUUGCAGAGAGAGAUUUUUGUGGCGAGUGGAGCAGGGACAAGAAUUGAGAGGGGGACGAGGAUUUUGAGCACCACAUCGGCGGAGUUUAGGGAUGAGGGGAGGUUGGUGAAGGGAUUGAGGGAACAGGGGGCUGGGGAUGAUGAGGUGAGGUUUUGUGUGCAGGAGAUGAGGAACAAUCGGCCGUUGAAGAUGUACUUCCAGGAUCCGGAGACCAUGAGCCCAUUGGCGAUUGUGUCGUUUGAGUAUGGAGGUACUCCACGCUUGGUUACAUUUCCGGAUCGCAGUGUGGACGAUGCGGUUGCCGGUGACUUGUUCACUCGGAUCACGAAGGACUUUCCCAAGUUGGUGUGGAAUCUCCCGGAGAAUGAUGGCAGGCUUGACUGGUUCUCUGCGCGCGCCACGGGAAGGUUUCAUCAUGGUGGCUGGGCUAUGCUCUGGUAUGGCUUGAGUCAGCACGAAGCGAGGCAGUUGAUCCUGGGGUUUCAAGAUAACUAUCAGGACGAUCUCCAGGGGACUUCGAGUGCUAGUGCCUAUGGAUACACCUCUCGGGGAUAG